AUGAGGAUCGGGUGUCUACAAUUUGCACCCCAAGUGGGCGAUGUUGACAACAACUUGAAUCGCGCCGAUGCAGUUCUAUCAAGAGCAAAUCCUGAAGAUCUCGAUGUUCUUGUUCUGCCCGAACUGGCCUUUUCUGGUUACAAUUUCAAGUCAUUACAAGAUAUUUCACCAUUUCUUGAGCCUUCAGGCUCAGGUAUCAGCUCAUUAUGGGCCCGGACGAUGGCUUUGAAAUAUAAUUGCACGGUUCUGGUUGGGUAUCCAGAGAAAGUCGACGUUUCUCCCAACUGGCCGACGGGCCCCGAGUACUACAACUCGGCUAUUGUGGUGAACGGUGAUGGCGAAACAAUCGCCAACUAUCGGAAAUCUUUUCUGUACUAUACGGACGAGUCGUGGGCACUCGAAGGCAAUCGUGGAUUCUAUGAUGGUUAUAUCCCCGGGCUCGGCAAUACUUCCAUUGGAAUUUGUGAGUCGGCAGAAAGUCCAUAUAAGUUCGAGGCGCCAUGGCACGCGUUCGAGUUCGCCUUCCAUGUUCUCGAAGUCGAGUCGAAUUUGGUCAUCGUUUCCAUGGCAUGGAUGACGAGAGAGGAUCGCCGUCACUUUAGUCGAAUGCCCAAUGAACCAGAUAUGAACACGUUGACAUAUUGGGUGACACGAUUAGAGCCUCUCAUUCGCUCUAACAACGAGGACGAGAUCAUCGUGGUCUUUUGCAAUCGCACUGGCAUCGAAGAUGAAGCAACCUACGCAGGCACCAGUGCUGUCAUUGGUAUUCAAGAGGGGGAAGUCAAAGUAUACGGUCUGCUUGGGAGGGGCGAAAAAGAGUUGCUGGUCGUCGAUACCGCCAACUCACCCUAUGCUAAGAUGGUUUAUCGGCCAGAUGCUACUGCCUUGGGCAAGCAUGUCGGCGAACUCGAGCAGCAUAAUGUGGCGGAUGACCGAAAUCUUAUUAAUCCUGAAAGGACAUGCAAGUCAGGCUCCAGCGUUGGGUCCCUUGAUCAGAAGGCCAUGCACCAUGAACAGCCAGUUGCUACUGGGCGAGAACCAAGCCAUGAUUUUCCUUCAUCCCCGCCUCCUGCUUCUAUGGCUCUUCAUUCUUCAUCGACUGAACCGACAAGUCCACCGGCACCGUCACCUUCCAGACGAAGCGAGCCAAAUUCUCACACUCAGUCAAUCGGACACUCACAGCCAAAAGCCUCGACUAAGCAACCUACUAAGCGACGAACACCAUCUAUAUCCAUUCCAUCGCUAUCCGAAUUCAUUGAUCAUGUUCAGGCGGCUGGUAAUGGAGACGGAAACGACGUCCCGACUCCUUCUGCGCCUAGUCCAACACCACUGGCUGUUCGGCCGCGACUUGUUAUACCGCAGUCACCAUCUCUGGUGUUGAGUCAACAUUCGGAGAACAACAUUCCAAGUGCAACGUCCAUAAGAUCCGCAGAGUCUUUACAGUCAGUCAAGUCGGACGAGUCGGAGGUAUCGACUCAAACAAUACGCUCAAAUCCUAGGCCACCAGAAGAUAGCACGCCAUAUCCUCAUAGCGGGCUUCCCCUUAGUGGGUAUCCAUCGAAUUCGUUCCAGCAUGCGUUCGAAAAGCGCAUCUAUGGCGGCAAUGUCACCAUCAAACACGAAAUUGAUGAUUUAUCCCCGACCACCCCAUUUGAUGACGUACCCACGGCAUCACCUCGUUGGUUUUGGCGCCCGCACGACAGUGUGUUUCGGUCCUCAGUCUCUGGUGGAGGGGAUUGGGCCACCAGCACGCCUGUUGGGAGAAAGCCAGAGCCUUUUCCGUGGUCAGCAAUCAAAGAUAUUGCCCCAUUCCCGAGAAAUGCAAGCGAAAAUGAAAAUUCGAGUGGUUCUCCAGGCCCCCAAAACUCCAGUUACAAGUAUUCACAGUCUCCAAGAUCAAAUACAUCGUCCAAUAAGACAGGAAAGUCAAACUCGUCCACUGAAGCAAAGACACCCCGGCGCACCAACGCCCAAAAUGAAAAGCAUCCUUCGAGACCUUCGUCACCGAAAUCACGCAAUGCAAGCCGCUCCGGAAUCAGAGGCAGAUCGGAUUCUUCACUUAGCCCCCAAAAUAUUCCGAGUGCAGUAUCACAGCAUAUCGAACAGAUCUCUCAACGGGCGGAGUCUAGAAAUAGACACAAUUCGGAUCCUCAGCAGUUCGGGUCAGCCAUGGACCGUUCUCUGUCUCAACAAAUGCGGAAUGAUGGCUGGCACAAGUUCACAUCUGAUUCUGCGACAGAAAAUCUGAUACCCAUUGCUGCAAGCCCUAGCCUCUUGGGACCUGGCAGUCGGGCAAAUAUAUCAACGCCCGCGGCAAUCGAUUUCUACCGUCAUGCCACUCCUCGAAACACUCCUCACAAUACACGCCUCCAACACUUCGAUGGGAACCGUCAGCUGGGUUCAAUUAACAACAACCUGGUCAGUGGUAACCAAGCAUCUGCGGAUGAUACGAAGCAGAUUCCUUUGUCUCCUCCGACCAACCAUGACCAAGUGACGAAAGCAUCACGCUCAGUAAGCAGAGGUCGCCAGCCAAAUCGCAGAGAUAAUCCAACCCACACGGCCGCGCUCGAAUCAGGGGCCGAGAGAGCUACUUCUGCAGACUCGACCAGAAACAACAUCCUGCACACGCGAAUCGGCAAGCGGUACUCCCACGAAAAAGAAUUGUUUCUCUCGUCAGACGAUGGGCACUCUCACGUUGAUCGUUCAAGUACCCAAAGCGCCCGAGAUGAACCAAAGUUUGAGAGGGUUGAGGUCGUCAGUUGCCCUGAUUGUCCUAUCCAUGGCCGUCAAUCUACUUCGCUAUCUGAGCCUACCAGGCAAGAGAGGCAUGUCGAGGAAGAUGCUAAACCCGAACACCAACUUGAUCUGAGUUAUUCUGCAACUACAGAGAGAACAGGAGGGAAGCAGGCGGAAGCGAACGAAGUUCCCAGUUGGGAAGCUGCUACUGCUCACAAAGUGACCGGCGCCAACAGCCUCAUCGGAUAUCCUGCCGCGAAGCAACGAAUGCCAACAAAGGAUUCCGCGUUGUUCAAGGAUACAGUUCAUGCCACUUCAUCUUCUGGGUCAGAAGCGAUUUCCACGAACCCAAAAUUUGAUCCCACCACACCAAGAGCAAUGGUGUUUCACCCUGAUGAUACGUGCAUUAACUCGAUGCCUGAUGCUGGCUUGCGAGGUAAUGCACAAUCGCCAGGUUGGUUCACCGUCGAGAAGAAAUCCCCCAAAUCCGAACUUGACUCUACGGCUUGA